AUGAGUCCAAUUACUAUUGAAGACCUUUCAGAGAUUGAUGACGAUAACAUCAGACAGCUUGCUACGACAAUUAUCAAAGGAAACCUUAAUGAGCCAUCAGAAUCGAGAUAUAUCAAUGAAAUCCUAAAUUCCACAGUUGAACAACUUAAUCAAAAAGCUCAACACCUUAGUCAAAGUAUUAAAGAAAAGAACAAAAAACUCCAGGAGAUGACCGACGAGCUCCAGUUUAUGAACAUUAGUCUACAACAACUCGACUCACCUAAAGCUCUUAAAAAAAUGACGCUAAAGGAGCUUAAACAACACUGCUCAUCUCUAAGAUCUAUUAUGAGCAGUUACCUUGACUCCUUUAAUCAAUAA